CGCUUCCAAAGUCCAGGAAAAGAUGCGACAACCAGACCAACGAACGAGUAACAGGCCUUGGGCUAAUGGCUAUGGAGUGGACAGAUGACGACGAGAUUUGUCUCUUCCGCACGUUAAUCAAAUGCAGGCCCGUCGGCAUCCAUCAAGCCUUUAGGUUCCUCAACCUCUUCAUCGCACUCAAUCACGAUACUCAAGAUGCGCCUCGGAUAUCCAUGGAUGCCAUACGUCAGAAGUUGGAUGCAUUAUAUGAUAUGGCAGAGAUCCAAGGCGCAGCAAUGGAUGUUAUGACGGCAAGACUCGACGGUGACGUUGAGGGCGAUUCAGCGGGAGAAGACAGUCUAGGCGAUCCGGAUGGUAUGGCCCGAGUAUCUGGGUCGUUUGAACUGCCGUAUGCAGAAUACAGGGAGUUGAUAGAGGCACGCGCGAUAGAGGGUGUUGCGGAGGAGGAUGGUGCAGCGUCGUCGAAGGCGAGUCCGACGUCGGCGCAUGAUCGUAUGCAGGAAGACGGCGAGGAUGAUGAGGAAGCCUUGAGUGAUCCAGAGGAAGAGGAAGAAGAAGAUGAGGAGGAGGAAGAAGAGGAAGAGGAAGAGGAAGAGGACGAGGACGACGAAGACGAAGCCGACCAGGCAGCUGCGAGAUCAACGAAGAAGAAGGCUGCGAGCAAACGAGGGACACGCUCAAAGAAGGCGAGCCCGCCAGCAUCAACGACGAAGCGACAGCCCAACAAGCGGAGGGCCUCGAAGCUUGGGAAAGAAGACGAGCCCAGCGAGACAGAAAGUGCUCGACCGGCACGAGGCUCCCGCAAGAGUGCUCGGAAACGGUGAAAGACUCGCUGUGAUGAACGUAUAUUCAAGUGUAUGCUAUGCUGAU